AUGCGCCUAUGGCAACAAGGUAAAGAUCUGACAUGGUACUCGAAAGAAUCAAAAAAUGAUCAGGCACGUAAAGAAGAAAUCAGAUCAAUCAAAGAGGCUGAAGCAGAAGCAAUGGCCGAAUUAUUGGGAGGCGGUAAAAAAAGAAAAAUCACAGGAAAUGUAUCACAACAAGAACUUAAAACUGUUUUAAAAAGAGAACAAGAAGGCUACGAUGACGAUGGCGGUGGUAUUGGCGAAGAAGAAGAUAUCAAAGAGGUAACUAAAGGACUGGGGUUUAAAAGCUCCGGACAUUUAUCUAUUGGUGAGGUGGAGCUAGGUGAUACUGAAAUAAUAGGUGCAGUGAAUAUUCCAAAAGAUGAAAGAAAAGUAGAAAUAAAAACUGAAGAAAGCAUACAUCCUAAUUUAAAGAAAUCUGCAGUUCAAGCAUAG